CAUUGACCAUGCAGCAAGAGUCAUGCAAGUUAUUACAUGGAACAACUCUUUUAGAGGUGUACCUAACGGUGAUGGAUCCACAGAUAACUUCGAGGCUGAAGAAUAUGAGACACAUGCCACAAUUUUGGAUAAAUUGCUAGCGUGGGAGAAAAAACUAUAUGAAGAAGUGAAGACUGGUGAGGUUAUGAAGGUUGAAUAUCAGCGCAAAGUUUCUGUGCUGAACAAGUUGAGAAAACGCGGUGCUAGUUCUGAACAAUUGGAGAAGGCAAAAGCUGCUGUUAGCCAUUUGCAUACACGGUAUAUUGUUGACAUGCAAUCAUUGGAUACAACGGUGUCGGAAGUGAAUGAUAUACGCGACAAGCAGCUGUAUCCAAAACUUGUGGCUCUUGUUCAUGGGAUGGCGACGAUGUGGGAAUCCAUGUGCAUGCAUCAUGAAAUCCAGCUAAGAAUUGUGAUGGAUCUCAAAUCCCUCAACGUCUCUGGGAUUCUCAUUGAAACGAGCAAACAUCAUCAAGAGUGUACGACACAGCUUUGGAACGUCGUCCAACAAUGGCAUUCACAAUUCGAAAAGCUAGUGAAUAAUCAAAGACAAUACAUCCAUGCUCUUAACAGAUGGUUGAAGCUAAAUCUCAUACCGAUUGGGAGCAGCUUAAAAGACAAAAGCUCAUCCCCUCCGAGAGUUCAGGCGCCCCCUAUCCAACAGCUUCUUCAUUCUUGGCACGAUCACCUUGAAAAGCUUCCCGAUGAAGUUGCCAAAAGCGCAAUUGCCUCCUUUGCUGCUGUGAUAAAGACAAUUAUUGAUCACCGGGAGGAAGAAAUGAAGUUCAAGGAAAAGUACGAAGAAACCAGAAAGGAGUACCUACGUAAAAAACAGGCAUUCGAUGAGUGGCAUCAGAAAUACAUGCAGCGCAGAACUCCACAUGAGGAGACUGACCCUGAGAAUGGCAUAGAAACGAAUGUCAAGGAUCCAGUAGCCGAAAAACAGUUUGUGGUUGAGAGCUUGAAAAGGAGAUGGGAAGAUGAAUGCGAAGAUCACCAGAAACACUGUAUUCAAGUGAGGGAAAAGUCACUCGUAAGUCUCAAAAGCCGGCUUCCCGAGCUUUUCCGAGCCUUAUCAGGCUAUGCUCGUGCGUGUUCCGAUGCUUACGAGAAACUGAGGUUGCUUACGCAAUCGCAGCAGUCAAAUAGGGGUUUAUAAGCUUUCAUGUUAUAUUUAACGUAGGGAACUAUAGUUUUUCAACAAUGAGAUUGUUUUCAAACAUUGCCGUUUUUGCAAUAUUUGUUGCCAGUCCAUUUGGCUCUUGUCGUGCACUGAAAUUCCUUGAGAAAGAUUUUGCAAGCUCGCAGAAAAUCAAACUUCUAAGUUAUUUUGUUGAAA